CUCACCUCCCUUCCUUCUUUUCUGUCUCUGACAUGGGAGUUAUGGCAUGCCCACAAUCUAAUUCUAACUCGAGGAAUGAGUCUCCAUCCGAGUCUAACCACCAUGAAUCCGAGUUGAAGUCCCUUCUUUCCCAACAAAACCUCCAAUCAGUUCCUUCCCUCUCCUCCUCACAAUCCCAACAGCAACAACAAUAUCUGAUUUCCAACACCCACCACCACUGUCUAACCACUCUCAAAGGCCAUAACUCAUACAUAUCCUCUCUCACCCUUGCCGGAGAAUUCCUCUAUACCGGCUCUUCCGACAGAGAAAUCCGUUGCUGGAAACAAAACCCUUUACUCUCUGAUGAAUCUGAUCAUGAAAGUCCGAUAUUUAACAACCUGGUAGCUGCUGGGAAGGGUGCAGUGAAGUCCCUGGUGGUUCAGGCCGACAAAAUCUUUAGUGCUCAUCAAGAUCAUAAAAUUCGGGUAUGGAGAAUCGAUAGCCAUGAACCUGAUCAUCACCAGAAGUACACGCAUUUAGCCACGCUUCCAACACUUGGUGACCGUGCGUUUAAGAUCCUGAUGCCCAAGAACCAGGUUCAGAUACGAAGGCACAAAAAAUGCACCUGGGUUCAUCACGUUGAUGCUGUGUCUGCACUUGCUUUAUCAGAGGAUGAAUCCCUUCUCUACUCCGUUUCAUGGGAUCGGACGCUGAAAAUUUGGCGAACAAAGGACUUCAAAUGCUUAGAAUCCCUGACAAACGCACAUGAUGAUGCCAUAAACGCUCUGGCAUUAUCUAACGAUGGACAUGCUUAUACUGGCUCGGCGGACAAGAAAAUCAAGGUGUGGAAGAAAAACCCAGGAGAUCAGAAGAUCAAGCACUGUCUAGUUGCAACACUGGAGAAACACAACUCGGGGAUAAAUGCAUUGGCUCUGAGCAGUGAUGGGUCUGUGUUGUACUCCGGUGCAUGCGACAGAUCCAUAGUGGUAUGGGAAAAGAGCAGUAAUGGCGGCAGCAUGGAGGUGUUGGGCGAGCUUAGAGGCCACACAAACUCCAUAUUAUGCUUGGCUGUUGUGUCUGAUUUGGUUUGCAGUGGCUCAGCAGACAGAACUGUUAGGAUUUGGAGAGGUUUCGACAGAAACUACAGUUGUCUGGCAGUUUUGGAAGGGCACAGAGGUCCAGUCAAGUGCUUGACUGCAGCAACGGAUCAUCAUCGUUGCGAAACAGCUGAAAAAGCUUACCUCCUUUACAGCGGUGGUUUGGACUGCGACAUUAAGGUUUGGCAGGUUUUAGUUCCCAAUUCCUAUUGAUGAUGAUGAUUCAUAGAAGACGAAUCCUCCUUCUAACGGUAUUGAUCCGUAGCCAAUCCAAAGUACCUCCAAAGUGAGGGCGUGUACUUCCUUUC